CACUGGUUGGACGGAGAGAAAAUACUGGCAGAUCACGCAUUGUGGGCGCCACUCGACCAGUGAUCGCUCGCUGACCUGUCAGUGAGGCCGGCAAGUCACCGUGCUCCUGCCUCUUGUCCUUCCUGACUCCUGCUGUUCCGAACACAACCGGGACUAUUGCUUCAGUUUACCACAAACAAGACAGAUAUGGUCCGUGUUCAAUGGCCGCUGUCGGUUGUGAUCCUAUUGACUGGGGUCAGCACGGCAUUAUUAUUCACCAACAAGAAGUCAGAGGAGGAUCCCGGCUAUAGCGUCCGGCGCCAUGUGGUGAGAGGCUAUGAGAGUGACGGGACGCUGACGGGCAGAGGCAGCAAUAGAUACAAUGCGCCUCCCAAGGAGAGUGAUAAAGACGACAAAAAAACCGACGGAGACUCUGAAGGCAAAGACGCUGAGGAGAAGGACGGCGGUGCUACAGAGGAAGACAAAAACGCUGCUGAAGGGGACGAAGUUACUGACAAGGAAGACGAAAAAGAUAAAAAAUCUGCCAAGGACAAAGAAAACACAAACGAAGACAAAAACGCCAAGGAAGACAAAGACGCCAAGGAAGACAAAAACGCCAAGGAAGACAAAGACGCCAAGGAAGACAAAAACGCCAAGGAAGACAAAGACGCCAAGGAAGACAAAAACGCCAAGGAAGACAAAGACGCCAAGGAAGACAAAAACGCCAAGGAAGACAAAAACGCCAAGGAAGACAAAAACGCCAAGGAAGACAAAAACGCCAAGGAAGACAAAGACGCCAAGGAAGACAACAACUCCAAGGAAGACAAAGUCGCCGAGGAAGACAAAGACUCCAAGGAAGACAAAGACGCCGAGGAAGACAAAGGUGCCAAGGAAGACAAAGGUGUUAAGGAAGACAAAGAAAUCAAGAAAGACCAAGGUUCUGGAAAGGAGAAAAACUCUAACGGGACCAAAUUCACUAACAACGAUAAAAUUAUGAAUGGUAAAAGGAAGCCUAGGAAAAGGAACUUUGGUAAGCAUAGAAAGGGGAAAGGCGGUGCAACUAAAACUAAAAUAUUAUUCACUUUCUCCGAUGCUGCAAAAGGCAAGAAAUCACGAAAAAUAGUGCCAUGCAAUUGUUCCGAAACAGUGGAAGGAGGAAUAAUAACAGGAAGCAGGUCAUUAGGCUCUUCCUUUGGAUCAGGAGGAACCGGAUCAGGCACUUUGAUUGGGGUAGGAGGAACCGAAUCAGGCACUUUGAUUGAAGCAGGAGGAAACGGAUCACCAGACUACAUCAAGACGGGAGGACGCGGAUCAUCAGGCUACAUCGAGAUGGGAGGAACCGUAUCAGGCACUUUGAUUGAGACCGGAGGAACCAGAUCAGAUGCUGUGACUGAGACCGGAGGAACCGGAUCAGGCACUCUGAUUGAGACCGGAGGAACCGGAUCAGGCACUCUGAUUGAGACCGGAGGAACCGGAUCAGGUGCUGUGAUUGAGACCGGAGGAACCGGAUCAGGCACUCUGAUUGAGACGGGAGGAGACGGAUCAAGCACUAUGAUUGAGACGGGAGGAGACGGAGCAGGCACUAUGAUUGAGACGGGAGGAGACGGAUCAAGCACUAUGAUUGAGACGGGAGGAGACGGAGCAGGCACUAUGAUUGAGACGGGAGGAGACGGAUCAAGCUCUGUGACUGAGACGGGAGGAGACGGAUCAGGCACUUUCAUCGAGACGGGAGGAGACAGAUCAAGCUCUGUGAUUGAGACGGGAGGAGACGGAUCAGGCACUUUCAUCGAGACGGGAGGAGACGGAGCAGGCACCAUGAUUGAGACGGGAGGAGACGGAUCAGGUACCUUCAUCGAGACGGGAGGAGACGGAGCAGGGACCAUGAUUGAGACGGGAGGAGACGGAUCAGGCACUUUCAUCGAGACGGGAGGAGACGGAGCAGGCACCAUGAUUGAGACGGGAGGAGACGGAUCAGGCACUUUCAUCGAGACGGGAGGAGACGGAGCAGGCACCAUGAUUGAGACGGGAGGAGACGGAUCAGGUGCCGUGAUUGAGACGGGAGCAGACGGAUCAGGCACUUUCAUCGAGACGGGAGGAGACGGAUCAGGCACUUCCAUCGAGACGGGAGGAGACGGAGCAGGCACCAUGAUUGAGACGGGAGGAGACGGAUCAGGCACUUUCAUCGAGACGGGAGGAGACGGAUCAAGCACUUUCAUCGAGACGGGAGGAGACGGAUCAGGCACUUCCAUCGAGACGGGAGGAGACGGAGCAGGCACCAUGAUUGAGACGGGAGGAGACGGAUCAGGCACUUUCAUCGAGACGGGAGGAGACGGAUCAAGCACUUUCAUCGAGACGGGAGGAGACGGAGCAGGCACUAUGAUUGAGACGGGAGGAGACGGAUCAGGUGCUGUGGUUGAAACGGGAGGAUAUGGAUCAGGUGCUGUGAUUGAAACGGGAGGAGACGGAUCAGGGACUUUCAUCGAGACGGGAGGAGACGGAGCAGGCACCAUGAUUGAGACGGGAGAAGACGGAUCAGGUGCUGUGAUUGAGACGGGAGGAGACGGAUCAGGCACUUUCAUCGAGACGGGAGGAGACGGAGCAGGCACUAUGAUUGAGACGGGAGGAGAUGGAUCAGGUGCUGUGAUUGAAACGGGAGGAGAUGGAUCAGGUGCUGUGAUUGAAACGGGAGGAGACGGAUCAGGUGCUGUGAUUGAAACGGGAGGAGACGGAUCAGGUGCUGUGAUUGAAACGGGAGGAGACGGAUCAGGUGCUGUGAUUGAAACGGGAGGAGAUGGAUCAGGUUAUGUGAUUGAAACGGGAGGAGAUGGAUCAGGUGCUGUGAUUGAAACGGGAGGAGACGGAUCAGGUACUGUGAUUGAGACGGAAGGAGACGGAUCAUCAAGCUAUUUGAUUGAGAGGGAAGGAGGCGGAUCAUCAGGCCACAUCGAGGCCGGAGGAACCGGAUCAGGCCCAGUGAUUGAGACAGGAGGAAAAGGAUCGCAAGGCUCUUGGAUACAAGGGAUAGGGAAAGGAUUACAAGGCUCUUGGAUUAAAGGGGGAGGAAAAGGAUUACAAGGCUCUUGGAUUAAAGGGGGAGGACAAGGAUCACAUGGCUCUUGGAUUAAAGGGAUAGGAAAAGGAUUACAAGGCUCUUGGAUUAAAGGGGGAGGAAAAGGAUUACAAGGCUCUUGGAUUAAAGGGGGAGGAAAAGAAUUACAAGGCUCUUGGAUUAAAGGAGAAGGAAAAGGAUCACAAGGCUCUUGGAUUAAAGGGGGAGGAAAAGGAUCACAAGGCUCUUGGAUUAAAGGGAUAGGAAAAGGAUUACAAGGCUCUUGGAUUAAAGGGGGAGGAAAAGGACUACAAGGCUCUUGGAUUAAAGGAGGAGGAAAAGGAUCACAAGGCUCUUGGAUUAAAGAGGGAGGAAAAGGAUUACAAGGCUCUUGGAUUAAAGGUGAAGGAAAAGGAUUACAAGACUCUUGGGUUAAAGAGGGAGGAAAAGGAUCGCAAGGUUCUUGGAUUAAAGGGGGAGGAAAAGGAUCACAAGGCUCUUGGAUUAAAGUAAAAAGAAGCGGAUCACAAGAUUCUUGGAUCGGAUCAGGAGGGAGCAGACCAUCAGGCUCAUGGACUGGAGCGAGAGGAAGGAGAUCACCAGGCUUUUCCGUCCCAUCAGGAGGAAGCGGAUUAUUAACCUAUUACAAUACAGCGAGAGAGAAAGGACCAUUAACCUCUGCCGGUGAAGUGGGAAGGAGGGUACCACUAUGCUUGUCCAACAAAGAAGGCGCGACGUCAGACUGCGCCGCUUGAUGCCCUUCCUUGGAAGAGUGCAUGUAGGGGCGCCCUUGAGUGUGCUCUUCCCGGCAGGGGGUCACCAGCGCGGCUCCUCCAGACCACACCCAACAGCCGUGAGCCGCCACGGCUCAGCAAGAUCUUUUUCCUCCGAAACUUUGUAUCCUCGAAAACAAUGUCUCAUGAUGUAUAAUUUAGCACACAGCUCCUCAAGGGUUUGUUAUAUGCAGUGUUUUCUUAUAUUGUUCAAUGGCUCAACACUGCGGCAGGUAGUUUUUUCAGGGCAUGUGGAUAAGAACAUAAGAACGUAAGGAGUCUGCAAGAGGCCGGUUGGCCUGUGGCAGGAUCCCACGAGCGGUGGCGACGCACUUCACCUUAGAGGAAAAAAGGCAGUUUAAAUUGUAUAAAACCAAUUUUCAAUACGGUGUAAAAAAAAAAGCACUAAAAACACAUGGACGUUGUUGAUAGGAUGUUAAUAUAUAUAU